AUGGAUGAGGACCUUAGUUUGCAACAUGCUAUUUAUUCAUCAUUGAAGAGUAGCCAACCGUAUGUGCAGCAUAUGCAGACACGUGGUCUUUCAACUAAUAGUUCGUUAACAGUGAAUCGGCCUCGCAACGGUUUGCGCAAUGCCCUUCUACGUGAAGGUAUUAUGCCUACAAUUCCGCGAUCUGUUCAAGCUAGAAAUGUGUUCACUAUUUCGAGUUCACAGUAUCGUGAUUCUUUGCAGCGAUCCGAAAGGACAGGGCCUCUAGAUGAAAAUCCAACUUCAGCAACUGCACCCGUGCAGUUUCAACCGCCAAGCGAUCGCGUUCCAGGGUGGACUCAAAUGUAUACAGGAGGCCGCAUUCAACGACAAAACACUUUGGGUUCGCAGUUGGUAUUUAUAGGUACGGAAGUUCAUUUGGAACAAACUCCAAAAAUUAAUUGCAGUGAUUUGUUGUUACUUCGGGCAGUAGCUCCACUGCCCAAUGAUCAAAGUAUGUGCUGUUUUAGUGCACAAGUACAAAGUCUGGUUUCUCCAGGGCAUUAUGCCAUGUUUGGUAUGGGAGUCACACCCAAUGCCGGAGAGGAAAUGCAUGGGUUUCCGCUGGUUUUAGUUCAUUUUGACGCAUCCGGAGCUUCUUUUAUUUCAGUGGAGCGGUGGCGUGUGACAGAGCAGGAAACAUUUGAGCGUUUAACAGUUCUGGAGCCAAUGAAACCUCUUCGUCUAAUCCGAGAUCGUGUCACUUUGUCGUUAGUUAUUGUUUCGGAAUGUAUGAGCCUAUCUCUCAAUGGUGAGCUUUUUUAUCCAAUGCUUUCGGCACAAGGUGUGCGUUUGGGAGAGGCACUUCCAAUUCUUCUUUCAUCAGGUGGUAAGUUAUUGAUACGUGAUGUGGCAGUUACAGAAGGAGAUAAACCACCUGUAAAUCGAUUAUACGGAAGAGGUCCAACCUUCACAUUAUCACCGAAAAAAAGUGAUGCAGCAAAAAAAGGCCAAUGUACCGUGGAAGAGCGACAUUCUCCAGAAGGAAGGCUUUCUCAGACGGAAACUCGUUGCCCUUACACAAAAGAACGCGCCUCAGCAGUUCACAAGAAAGCAUCUAAGGAUAGACGAAAUCGCACCGUGGAUAGCGGCCUUCCCUCCAGUAUUAAUCCCGAAUUUGCACAGCGUAUUGAGUCUGAAAUUAUUGAGCAUUCUCUUAAUGUAAAAUGGGAGGAUAUUGCAGGAAUUUCCGAUGCAAAGCGAGUAUUAAAUGAGGCGGUGAUUCUUCCACUUUUGGUACCUGAACUGUUUACAGGAGUUGUAAAACCAUGGAAAGGUGUACUGUUGUUUGGGCCUCCUGGAACAGGAAAGACGAUGCUUGCUCGAGCUGUGGCUACAAGCGCAAAAACAACAUUUUUUAAUAUAAGUGCAUCGAGUAUUAUCAGUCGAUAUUUUGGAGACAGUGAAAAAAUGGUUCGGACACUAUUUCAACUUGCCCGCCAUUACGCGCCUUCGACAAUAUUUUUUGAUGAAAUAGAUGCUCUUAUGUCUUCUCGAGGUGGAAAUGAGCAUGAAGCUAGUAGACGCGUGAAAAGUGAGAUGCUUCAGCAACUUGAUGGAUUAGCCACUGAAAGUGAAAAACGUGUGAUGGUUCUUGCUACGACAAAUCGUCCAUGGGACUUGGAUGAGGCUAUGCGGCGGCGUUUAGAAAAGCGUAUUUAUAUACCUUUGCCCGACGCAGAAGGCCGUUUGGAACUUCUUAAGAAGCAGACUUCCUCCAUAUCAUUGGAUCCUAAUGUUGAUUUAAGUAUUAUAGCUGGUGAACAAACUGUAGGAUUCAGUGGCGCAGAUUUGAACUUAUUGGUUCGUGAUGCAGCGAUGAUGCCGAUGCGCAAACUCAUUGCUGACCGAACACCUGCCGAAAUUGCAGCUAUGAAAGAAGAUGGAAGAAUGGUAUUGCUUCCUGUUACAAUGCAGGACUUUGAAGAAGCAGUAAAAAAGAUUCAACCCUCUGUUUCUCAACAGUCUCUUAAGGAUUUUGAGAGAUGGGCUGAAGAACUUGGGUCCACAUGA